UCGAAAGUCUCCGGCUGCGUUGCACAGAUUGCUGUUUGAUUGCAAAAGCAUAUGGCUUCCGCUUUGCUGCGAGACUUUCUUGAAAAUUCAACUUUGGAAGACUUGCUAAAUAUCAGGGUAAAGAAAAACGGCGGGAACCAAGCUGCUAAAUGA